GCGGUCGCGUGACGGGGUUUGGAGCUGGCGGCCGCUGCGGCUUUAGGAUGAACGCCCCACCGGCCUUCGAGUCGUACCUGCUCUUUGAGGGCGAGAAGAGGAUCACUAUUAACAAGGACACCAAGGUUCCCAAUGCCUGCUUGUUUACCAUCAACAAAGAAGACCACACGCUGGGAAACAUCAUUAAGUCCCAGCUGUUGAAGGACCCCCAGGUGCUGUUUGCUGGCUACAAAGUCCCCCACCCUCUGGAGCACAAGAUCAUCAUCCGGGUGCAGACCACACCGGACUACAGCCCGCAGGAAGCCUUCACCAAUGCCAUCACUGACCUCAUCAGCGAGCUAUCCCUGUUGGAAGAGCGCUUCCGGGUGGCCAUCAAAGACAAGCAGGAAGGGAUCGAGUAGUGGUCUGAAGGAAGCUGUGGGCCGCACCCCCCGGCACUUCUCUCUUCUCUCGGGGUUCCCAGCAGAGAGGACACCUUUGUAUCCUCGUGAAGCUACCCCAGGAGCCCCUCCCGACACACAUGUCCCCUGUACAUAGGCUCUUUUAACCCUAAUAAAUCUGGCAGACA